UUCCUCUCUUCACUAUUCUACCUUAUAUAAACAUAACCUCUUUCUAUGCCACUACAUUUCCGUACCAGGUGCUCAACUACCUCUUUCUAUGUUCCUUCCUCUGUCUCAUUCAUGUUCCAAUGUUUUUUUCAUUAAUUCCUAACUUUAUAAAUUGAAUUUUCAUUUUCUUAUAACCCUCUUCAUCUUCAUCAAAAUUUUCAUUUUUCAACUCAACAACAAAAACCCACUUCAAGAUCCAUAAAAGCUUCAAUUUUUGCUUGAUGGGUCAUCAAAUAUCACAAACAAUUCUCUAAAAUUUGUGUUAUUCACUGCAGAUCUAUGACUCUUCUCAUAGUCUCAACCACACACUAACAAAACCCAUAAUUUUCUCAUAAAAACUGUUUUUUUUUUUCUUCAUUUUGAGAUAACCAUGCAAUUCAAGCUAGGGAAGAAAGUGAUUCGGGUCAGUAAAUGGAUAUUCCGGACAAGACUGAGAUACCGUCGUCUUGGUGCCUCACCGGAGAAGAAUCAUUUGACGACGAAGCUUCUAUCAUGGGGGAGGAAGAUAACUACAAAAGCAAGGUCUCUAUGUUCAAAAGCAGGGUCGGGUAAAUUUGGUUAUUUGCCGGUAGGAUCCGACCCGGUUGAGCAAAGCGGUUCCCCGGUGCCGAAGGGGCAUUUAGCGGUGUAUGUUGGGCAGAAAGACGGUGAGUUUCGGCGGGUUUUGGUGCCGGUGGUUUAUUUCAACCAUCCUUUGUUUGGGGAAUUGUUGAAAGAAGCUGAGAAGGAGUAUGGGUUUUGUCAUCAAGGUGGAAUCACUAUUCCUUGUCGGGUUACCGAGUUUGAACGGGUUAAGACCCGAAUAGCAUCCGGGUCAGAUACGCGGAGAUUGACGAGGCGGGGACAUUUUGACGGCUGAUUAUAAGUUGGAAUCCUCUCAAUUUCUCGAAAGAAAUGAAGAGUAUUUACAUGGUGCCGAGGUGGAGACAUUUUGACUAAUGAUUAGAAGUUAAGAUCUUCUCCAUUUCUCAUGGAUGAAAGGUGUAUGAAAGGACUUAGAUAGACACAAGUGGCAUGUUAGUAAGACAUUUUUUUUUUAAUGUUUUUGAGAAUAGUCUUACAUGUAUUUCAUUUAUGUCUGUAUAAAUAUAUCUUGUCUAUAAAGAAUAGAGUUGAUGGUUAUCAUGAA